AACUUGUCUCGAAAGCGGUGGAGAGAGCAGAACGUGAGGAAAAAGGCGAGCGCACGCAACGACGCGAGAGCAUGGCUCGUCGGAGUAGCCGAGCGCUCUUGGUCGCCGUGGUUUCUUUCGUCGUCUGCUAUUGGCGCCAUCCGUCAAACGCCGCGGCUACGCCGGAUAAAGAUCUUCGGCCGCUUACGCAGUCGGAGCUGUCCAAGCUGCUGGCCGACCUUCUGGCCCUGAACCCUGACACGGCCGACUGUCCGGCGCCUCGAGUUCCCGUGCCUCGCACCCGGUGCCGUGCUCACCCGUGUUCGAGCGACGACGACUGCCGCUGGAACAGCCACCGGUGCUGCUUCAACGGAUGCGUGUUCACCUGUCUGCCGAAGCUGGCGCCGCCACCAGUUAUUGACUGGGCAAAAGAAGCUCGCCCGAGCAACACAAGCAAGGCGCCAAAGCACUUCACGGGUAUUGUAUGCAGCACGGCGCCAGUGUACGCGCCCGCAGCGCCGCUGCAGUGCCCCGAGGGCAUGGUGUGCGUCACCAAGGACGUCGGAGACCCGCUCACCGGACAGCCCAGCAUGGGCGAGUGCAUCGUCGACCCGCACGCGAUGACCACGCUGCCUUCUGGUGAUGGCAGCCAAUCGCAGCUGGAGAGCUUGGGCAGUGAAACAGUAUUUCUCCCUGGUGGGUGCAUCCUAACCAAGGAGCAAUACAAGAGCAUGGAGGAGUUCAAGCAGAAGCCAUACAUCACUGGAUGUACUUGCAAGCAAGGCUCCGUGGAAUGCAAGAUCUCAACAGAAAAGAGCUUUGAUCGCAAACGGCCAAAGAAGCGGUGAUGACCAGUGGUGUUCCCAAGGACAUCGUCUAGGAAUCCAUCUGUACAUAGUGUACAUAGCGCGUAGAGAGGAGCGUGCUGUCAUCUUGAGAUUCGUGAUGCUGCCUUGACAGCAACGCUGAGAGCAGUGUCAACCUGCACGAGAGGCCAGAGGAGAUGAUUCAUGAUGGCAGUGUUGUGAGGACUAUAUAUGAGUG